UCAAAUGCACAAAUCAUCACUCUCAACGAUUCUUAUCUUUGAUGGUUCAUUAUAAAUAGAUAGACACUCCCACACCUAAAAAUGGCCGCCAUAGUAGUCUCUUUCGCCUCUUCCUUUCUUCUUUCUUCUUCUUCUCCUUCUUCUUCUUCUUCUUCUUCCUUGUUUUUCACAAAGUUCAGUUCAGCCCCAGUUCUUAGAUUCUCUUUUGCAGUUGCCCCCCUUUGUUAUCCUAGAGGAGGAGGAGGAGCAAGGAAGCUCAUGGCUCGCUCUUUAUCACGUGCCACUCUCGGCCUUACUCAGCCUGCCAACAUCGAUGUUCCCAAGAUCUCUUUUGCUGCAAAAGAUGUUGAUGUGGUAGAAUGGAAAGGAGAUAUACUUACAGUUGGCGUCACUGAGAAAGAUAUGGCUAAGGAUGAAAGCACAAAGUUUCAGAAUUCAUUUCUCAAGAAGCUAGAUUCUCACUUGGGUGGUCUCUUAAGUGAAGCCUCUUCCGAGGAGGAUUUCACUGGAAAAGCUAGUCAAUCCAUUGUUCUUAGACUUCCAGGUCUUGGUUCUAAAAGGGUUGGCUUAAUUGGGCUUGGACAGUCUGCGUCAACCACCUUAGCUUUUCGCAUUCUGGGUGAGGCAAUUGCUGCUAUAGCAAAGUCCGCUCAAGCCAGUAAUGUUGCUAUAGCACUUGCCUCAUCAGAAAGUAUCCCAAACGAAUCAAAGCUUAAUACUGCCUCAGCAAUAGCAACUGGAACUGUGCUUGGGAUAUAUGAAGAUAACAGGUAUAAGUCAGAGUCAAAGAAGCCUGUGCUUAAAUCUCUGGAUAUUCUGGGUCUUGGAAUCGGACCUGAAAUAGAGAAGAAGCUCAAAUAUGCUGGAGAUGUUUCUUCUGCUGUAAUUUUUGGAAGAGAGCUUGUGAAUUCACCAGCGAAUGUACUUACCCCUGCGGUAUUGGCGGAAGAAGCUUCGAAGAUUGCUUCCGCACAUAGCGAUGUUAUUUCUGCUACCAUCUUGAAUGCAGAGCAAUGCAAAGAAUUAAAAAUGGGGUCUUAUCUGGGUGUUGCUGCAGCUUCUGCAAAUCCACCUCAUUUCAUCCAUUUGUGUUAUAAGCCUCCAAGUGGGCCUGUUAAAGCCAAGUUGGCCUUAGUCGGAAAAGGAUUGACUUUUGACAGUGGUGGCUACAACAUCAAGACAGGACCUGGAUGUUCAAUUGAGCUCAUGAAAUUUGAUAUGGGAGGUUCUGCAGCAGUUUUAGGAGCAGCAAAAGCCAUUGGUGAGAUCAAACCUCCUGGAGUGGAGGCUCAUUUCAUUGUUGCAGCUUGUGAGAAUAUGAUUAGUGGAACAGGUAUGAGGCCAGGAGACAUCGUCACAGCCUCAAAUGGAAAGACCAUUGAGGUCAAUAAUACUGAUGCUGAAGGCAGGCUUACACUUGCCGAUGCCUUAGUUUAUGCUUGUAACCAGGGCGUAGAGAAGAUAGUUGACCUGGCAACAUUAACUGGUGCCUGCGUAGUUGCUCUUGGGCCUUCAAUUGCAGGUGUCUUCACACCUAGUGAUGACUUGGCCAAGGAGGUUUUUACAGCAGCAGAGGUCAGUGGAGAGAAACUUUGGAGGAUGCCAUUGGAGGAAAGUUACUGGGAGUCCAUGAAGUCAGGAGUGGCUGAUAUGGUCAACACUGGUGGUCGUCAAGGUGGUGCUAUUACUGCUGCUCUAUUUUUGAAACAGUUUGUUGAUGAGAAGGUUCAAUGGAUGCACAUAGACUUGGCUGGCCCUGUGUGGAACGAGAAGAAGCGAGCUGCAACAGGAUUUGGCAUUGCAACUCUUGUGGAGUGGGUGUUGCAUAAUUCUUCUUAGGCACAGUGUCAGAAUCCUUCAACAGGUGAUGCGAACAAAGUGGAAGGGCCAAAGAGUAGAUGCUGCGAGAUAAAGGAGAUCUAUGAAUAAACAGUAUUUGGGAAUGAAAUGGUGUUGGUUUGUUCAUGUGUAAGAAAAUUAGUUACUAGUUGAACCUGAAAAUUUUCUGAAUCUGUCUGCCUUGCUUGUUUUCCAUAAUGAAAGGUCUCUUUUGGUUUAAA